AUGCUGGAGCAGACGACACGGCCACGGCGGAACAAGCAGAGAGCAGCCGUAAGCCGUCUGACGCCCAGUCGAUGGGCCUCGAUCUGGUCGACCCGCAGCCGGCUGCCCCUGUUUACCGGAAACUGGAAAGUCCCACUGCCACCACACCGCGCCGGCCCGUCAGUGUCCGUCGACCGGCCCCUUGUGCUCAUCCCGGGCAACGUUUUCGAUGCUCCGGAAGUCCCGCCGCCAUCAGAUGACCGGACGAGACGAGACGAGACCGUGCCAGAACUGCCAACCGUUCCCGCGGCGCGUUCCGGCCGGGCAGAACUGGAACCGGACAGACAGCGACGCAAGCCGGGUAGUGGCCGCCGUGGACGACCCCGAGGCCAAAUCUAA